AACGAGUCGCAGCUCCGAUAUUGCAGCACAUUUACGCUGAAUCAGACAUCCAGCGACAGCAUCGGUGUUGGAGUCCUGUGCUCAGACCAUCUCCAAUUACGGCUGUCUGGGGGUGGAAGUACAUGUGCUGGACGAGUGGACAUUUAUUACAAUGGGUUUUGGGGCACAGUUUGUGAUGACUCCUGGGAUCUGGACGACGCUAACGUGGUCUGCGGGCAGCUAGGUUGCGGAUAUGCCGUGGAAGAUAAAAUUCCGGGAUUCUGUGGACGAAGUAAAGGCCAAAUUUGGUUGGAUGAAGUAAGAUGCUCGGGUAACGAAUCAUACCUCUGGAACUGUCCCUCCGCACCGUGGGGUCGGCACGAUUGCAGUCAUAAGGAAGAUGUGACAGUGAAGUGUUCUGAACACAAAGAGAUGCGCCUGGUGAACGGAGGCCGGCGGUGUGAAGGGAGAGUGGAAGUGUGGUACAACGGGACGUGGGGAACAGUGUGCUUCGAGAAGCUCUAUAGAGUGGAGGCGGAAGUGAUCUGUAAACAAUUAGAAUGUGGACCCCUCGAAUAUAUUGAAUAUGACGCCAAUAAAUAUGGACAAGGUUCUGGGCCCAUAUGGAUCGAUGAGAUGAAAUGUAGCUCGCACGAGUCAGCCCUUUGGCAGUGCCAGUUUGACCCUUGGGGGCAACACAACUGUGACCACAGGGAGGAUGCAGGCGUUUCAUGUAAAGAUGCUGAAAUGCCGGAGACAACCCGCGGGAAAGGCUGCGACGGAGGAAAUGAAUCUAAAUCUCGCCGUUUACCAGAUCUACAACUGCGGGUUGAUGGCGGCAGCAACAAUUGCUCCGGAAGGGUUGAAAUAUUAUUUAAUAACCGCUGGGGAACGGUGUGUGAUGACUCCUGGGGUCUCCCCGAUGCCAAUGUCGUCUGCAGACAGUUGGGCUGUGGCUUUGCUCUUUGGACUCCAGGAGCGGCGACCAUUGCCCCGGCCUCAGGUGAUAUCUGGCUGGAUGAAGUGAAAUGCACGGGAAGUGAAUCAUUCCUGUCCCGUUGUCUGGCUUCACCGCUCGGUCAACAUGACUGUGAUCACAAGGAAGAUGUCUAUGUCACCUGUUCUGUUUUGGGAAAGAAGCCGCCCUCCACGGCUGUUGUGGUUUGCACAACUCUCGGAAUCCUCCUCAUCGCUGAAUUUGUCACACUGGUGAUAAUAGCUCGGAGGCAAUCAGCAAGAAGAGAUGCAGAGAUGAGAGGCGGGGGCUUUGGCUUUUACGAAGCAAUUUAUGAAGAGAUUGACGAUACUCUUCCUGGAAACAAGUUCAGUCAGAUGGAUGAUUCAAUCUCUGGAUCCAUUGAUUCCAUGAAUCAAAUAGAAUAUUACACCAGCGACCCUCUGGGUAGUGCAUAUCCAACAAGCGAACUCCCUGAAGGAACCUCCUCCAGUGUUCGAGGCCGCCCCGGGGAUUGUCAGGCGGACCCUUCAGAAAGCGUGAAGUUGAGGCUGGUGAACGGGGGCAGUCCAUGCGCCGGGAGAGUGGAGGUUCACUACAAGGGGAACUGGAGGACUGUGUAUGGUAGCAGCUGGGACCUGCAGGACGCGGCGGUGGUGUGUCGGGAGCUGGGCUGCGGCGCCGCGAUGGGAGCCCCGGGCGGAGCUCACUUUGGACCGGGGUCCGGACCCGUUGUGACGUAUUAUGUUGAGUGCACCGGGAGCGAGGCCGCACUGCGGGAGUGUAAAUCACGGACAUGGGGGGACUAUGGCGUUCCACACUCCAACGAUGCCGGCGUUAUCUGCGAAGGCCGCCCCGGGGAUUGUCAGGCGGACCCUUCAGAAAGCGUGAAGUUGAGGCUGGUGAACGGGGGCAGUCCAUGCGCCGGGAGAGUGGAGGUUCACUACAAGGGGAACUGGGGGACUGUGUAUGAUCGCGGCUGGGACCUGCAGGACGCGGCGGUGGUGUGUCGGGAGCUGGGCUGCGGCGCCGCGGUGAAAGCCCCGGGCCGAGCUCACUUUGGACCGGGGUCCGGACCCGUUGUGACGUAUGGUGUUCAGUGCAGCGGGAGCGAGGCCGCUCUGCGGGAGUGUAAAUCACAGCCAUGGGGGGACAUUGGCCGUCCGCACUCCCGGGAUGCCGGCGUUAUCUGCGAAGAUCACAGAGUGCCAAGAUUGGUACCCAAAGAUGAUCAGUGCUCGGGAAGACUGGAAGUGCUGUAUGAUGAAACCUGGGGAACCGUGUGUGACCUGGCCUGGGAUAUGGAUGAUGCCAAUGUGGUGUGCAAUCAGCUUCAUUGUGGAGUCGCCGUGUCUGUUCCGAGAGGGGCUUAUUUAGGAAAGGGAACGGGCCUUGUACGGAGCGAUGUAUUUGAAUAUGAAAUCUGGUCUCUGAGAUUGAGCAAUGGGGGCAGCCGCUGCGACGGCCGAGUGGAGGUUUACCACAAUGGUAGAUGGGGGAGAGUGCAGGAUAGCGCCUGGAACAUCAAUGAUUCCAACGUGGUCUGCAGAGAGUUGGGCUGCGGCUCCGCCAUAUUCGCCUACAACUCCUCAAGGUACGGAGAGAGUGAGCUGCCCGUGUGGGUGAACAACGUUCACUGUGAAGGAAACGAGUCGCAGCUCCGAUAUUGCAGCACAUUUACACUGAAUCAGACAUCCAACGACAGCAUCGGUGUUGGAGUCCUGUGCUCAGACCAUCUCCAAUUACGGCUGUCUGGGGGUGGAAGUACAUGUGCUGGACUAGUGGAGAUUUAUUACAAUGGGUCUUGGGGCACAGUUUGUGAUGACUCCUGGGAUCUGGACGACGCUAACGUGGUCUGCGGGCAGCUAGGUUGCGGAUAUGCUGUGGAAGAUAAAAUUCCGGGAUUCUGUGGACGAAGUAAAGGCCAAAUUUGGUUGGAUGAAGUAAGAUGCUCGGGUAACGAAUCAUACCUCUGGAACUGUUCCUCCGCACCGUGGGGUCGGCACGAUUGCAGUCAUAAGGAAGAUGUGACAGUGAAGUGUUCUGAACACAAAGAGAUGCGCCUGGUGAACGGAGGCCGGCGGUGUGAAGGGAGAGUGGAAGUUUGGUACAACGGGAUAUGGGGAACAGUGUGCUCCGUGAAGCUCUAUAGAGUGGAGGCGGAAGUGAUCUGUAAACAAUUAGAAUGUGGACCCCUCGAAUAUAUUGAAUAUGACGCCAGGAAAUAUGGACAAGGUUCUGGGCCCAUAUGGAUCGAUGAGAUGAAAUGUAGCUCGCACGAGUCAGCCCUUUGGCAGUGCCAGUUUGACCCUUGGGGGCAACACAACUGUGACCACAGGGAGGAUGCAGGCGUUUCAUGUAAAGAUGCUGAAAUGCCGGAGACAACCCGCGGGAAAGACUGCGACGGAGGAAAUGAAUCUAAAUCUCGCCGUUUACCAGAUCUGCAACUGCGGGUUGAUGGCGGCAGCAACAAUUGCUCCGGAAGGGUUGAAAUAUUAUUCAAUAACAGCUGGGGAACGGUGUGUGAUGACUCCUGGGGUCUCGCCGAUGCCAAUGUUGUCUGCAGACAGUUGGGCUGUGGCUCUGCUCUUUGGACUCCAGGAGCGGCGACCAUUGCCCCGGCCUCAGGUGAUAUCUGGCUGGAUGAAGUGAAAUGCACGGGAAGUGAAUCAUUCCUCUCCCGUUGUCUGGCUUCACCGCUCGGUCAACAUGACUGUGAUCACAAGGAAGAUGUCUAUGUCACCUGUUCUGGAAUUUCAAUUUCAGAGUUGGGAAAGAAGCCGCCCUCCACGGCUGUUGUGGUUUGCACAACUCUCGGAAUCCUCCUCAUCGCUGAAUUUGUCGCACUGGUGAUAAUAGCUCGGAGGCAAUCAGCAAGAAGAGAUGCAGAGAUGAGAGGCAGGGGCUUUGGCUUUUACGAAGCAAUUUAUGAAGAGAUUGACGAUACUCUUCCUGGAAACAAGUUCAGUCAGAUGGAUGAAUCUAUCUCUGGAUCCAUUGAUUCCAUGAAUCAAAUAGAAUAUUACACCAGUGACACUCUGGGUUGUGCUCAUUCAACAAGCGAACUCCCUGAAGGAACUUCCUCCAGUGUUCGAGAUCUAGUUCCGGAUGACCAUGACGAUCCUGAGAGUAAAGCCAUUGAUUGUCCGGGCGGUCAUUUCCUGAUGGACGGUGGCGCCGAUGACCUUCUGAUGCUAACAGUUGCCGGCGGUGACGUGGACACUGGUGGUGAAUCUAGCAUGAUACCUUGUUUCCAAAGCCUGUCUUGA